CCUUCUCAGUGUAGCCACAUAUUUGAUCUGCAGGCACAAAAUUUGCUGCCCCAGAGAGAUCGGUUGGGAAGACGGAUAUUCAUGAUACGAGUGGAUAACUUCGACUCCAACAAGGUGACAAUAGAUGAAAUUUUCCGCACCAACGUGUUGGCCUUGGAACACAUCGUGCGCGAGGCGGAAACUCAGAUAGCCGGGAUCGUGGUAAUCCUGGAUAUGGCGGGACUAAGUUUACAGCACGCUAAGUUUUUUACGCCGUAUUACGCAAGGAAAAUGGUGGAGCUGGUGCAGGAAACUUUCCCCCUGAGGUUUAAGGGUUUCCAUAUCAUUAACGAGCCGUUCUACUUUGAUGCGGUCGUGGCGGUGUUGAAACCGUUCUUGAAGGAGAAGAUUAGAAAGAGGAUAAUACUUCACGGUAGUGAUCUCUCAUCGCUACAUGCCUUCAUACCAAGUGAUAUUUUACCCACAGAAUACGGAGGAACAGCUGGAUGUUUCGAUAAUAGGCCAUGGUACAUAAGUUUGCUGGCCGAAGAAAACUACUUCAAGGAAUUGGAAACUUUUGGAUAUAAAGUUCAUGUACAAGAAGAUUAAUCGGAUCCUUGCACUGGGUUGGAGUCGUAAUGAAGUGCAACAUUUUCCACGAAACAUAGAAUUUAUUCAUUCCGAUUCCUCAGAAACUGAAACACCCUUAUGAUUAGAGUAUGCAGUAUGUCCAACUUCACUCAAAACCCUAUAACUGUUUGGAAUUGGUGCUCCAACAAUGCUUCUGCUUCACUUAGAUCUCUGAAAAUGGCACUAAGAACUCGAAACAUUUCACUGUUCAGUUUUAUUCUUAGAUUUUUGUUGAUUUCAAUUCACCAUAAUCUGAAAUGUUCUUAUUAUUUGUUAUGUGCAGUGUGUCCAAUUUUGGCUCUAAAAACCCUAAAUCUGUUUGGAUUUGG